AGUGGAGUUCGAACGAUAUGUGGAUCUGCGCUUCAACAAAAUUCGAAAGUUAGUAUGUGAGUAUCUUCAUAUUCAUUAUUCUGUACUUAAAAGAUAAGAAGAUUUUCGCAAUUCCUCUAUUUUCAGUUAUCCCAGGGAGGUGCAUGUGGUCUCAGGGAAUCCGGGUUUAGCCAACCAACCUUGUUCCCAGGGUUCUCUCCUACCCGCCCUCUCUCGCUCUGUAGGGCGGGUUGGAGAGAACCCUGGGAACGAGGUUUUUAGCCAACAGGUUUUAGGAAAUCACAUUUAUCUGUCCCUUCUGCGUGUGUUUAAGUAGCCUGCCCUGCAUGGCAGGCGUUGAAAGGGGAAAUGGAAGGGGCAAUUUGGGCGCAAGAGAGUGCAUAGGGCGCUUUCCUUUCUCCCUCGUGCGCCCAAAUUGUCCCCUUCCCCUUCCCCUUUUAACGCCUGCCACGCAGGCUAGUGUUUGAGCCAAUGUGAUUAUUAUUGAGCUGCCUGUGGCAUCCCAAUAAUUAUUAUAAAAUGACCUUUUUCCAGUAAAAAAAGGGCAGUGGAAACAUCCAGAAGGCAUCGUCUUAUCCCUCCUAUGGGUCAUUUGACUUUUGACAGGACGGGAUGGGUCAUUUUUCAGAUGAAAGAUUUAACAGACUUGGAAUGAAAACAACAUUCAUGUGGAGUUAUUUCUCUAUUAAUUACACCUGUCUUCUCAUUGGCUAAGAGCCUGCAGUUAAUUUUUUAAAAACAGUGCAACCUACAGGUUAACUAUCUGCUAGCUGUCAACUGACUAAUCUGAGGGGGACAUUGGGGGGGUCUGAACACCGCAAAAAUUUUGCCGAUCUCUGCAUCACCGCAAGAAAAGUCGGUGGAUCACCGUCACCACAAUAUCUAUUUUAUCUAAAAAUAGGUCAAAUAGUGAUCCAAACAGCGUCUUAAAGGUCCCAGAAGAUCGAACGACCUUGGAGUGGGUUUAGACAGAUAUCAGAUUGACCUCCGUACGACCUUAUACAGUUAAGACUAGCUACGAUAUUCAGAUACAGAGACAAUGCAUGUUACUUACCAAAUGCAUUCUAAAUGAGUCAGUCUCUUUUCCUCCUUGUUUAUGGAGCAUCGAAAUUUGUUUUUCCACCUAUAGUCUUCUCCACCUUUGCCCUCAGAAAAAAAAAAGCUACGCAAUGAACUCGCAUUCAGGAUCGACAGGAUCAGCUGCGUCAGUCGCAAGGUUUUUGCUCAUCUUGCCUGACGGACUUACAUGUGGCGAACGAAAAAAGGUCACGUUGCUUAUCAAGUUACUUAAUAUAAAUGAAAAACAGGCUUAUGAUUGGUGACGGGCAGCGUAUUUAAUAUUAACUAGAGAGUAUUAGAGGACCCUUAGAGUGUAUUUUAUUUCAAAUCAAACAUGAUGGAGGCUAAAUUUAGAACUGACAAGCUUCAAAAUGGAAACUGCGACACCGCAGAUAACUUCAUUUCACCGAACACCGCAGACUUUAAGACGCAAACAUCUCACACAGUGAGGUUUAAGAACACCGCAACACCGCAAGCUGAGAUUUUAUUCACCGCAACACCGCAUGAAAAAAUGCGCAACACCGCAAAUCCCCAAUGUCCCCCUCUAAUCUGUAGGUUGUAUGCAAAAUGCAUGAUUUCCAAGAGCCAUGUCAAAGAAAUGUUCUGCAUGGCUGUUUCUUUGAUGUUAUUGAACUUCAAAACAGUGUAUAGUAAAACGCAAUGUGACAAUCCACAGACAGGGAAUUCAUCAUUGGCUGGUUUUCAACAAGUGUUUGAAGGAAACACUGCUUGAAAGCACAAAGAAUGGCUGUCAAAGAGUCUACAAAGUACUGAGAGAACCUACGAAAGUUUCCUCUCAGUUCUAUGAGUCCUUGCUCAAGGCCACUUCUUGCUUGUCUUCUGCCUACUGGACUCUUGUCUAUCUGACAAGUAAGCUUUCAAACUGACUUGCCCAGCAAGAAAAUCUAUUAUUUUGUGGACUACUGUACAGCACUUUUUUCGAGCCCUGUUAUAGUUGUUAAGGUUCUCAAGGUGACAACUUCAAAGCAAAGCAUUUGUCAUUGCCUUAUUUCAAACUGGUAGGGACUAGGUAUGAGUCUGUGUAUUAUGGGAUACCUAAAGGUCUGAUUUUCGGGGGGGGUCUGAGUUCUAAGUUUUCAAGGUCUGAGUUUUUCUGACAUUCCAAUCUUAUGUGGUCAUCUUACAUUGUGUUUUUUACCAUAACUGAGCAGUUUCUUGCACACUGAUUGGUCAAGAGCUAUGGUCGAUAAGAGUACAGACCGUGAAAAUGAAGUGAAGGUUAUGGGCAAUUUGUUUUUUUCUUUCUCCCACUUAUGAUUUUCCAAGAAACUUGAACGGCAAUGGACGUCAAAAUCGCCAAUGUUAUUGUAAAUAACAAAUCAACACCAAUUUUCCAUGGUUUGUUCUUUUAUUGACCAUAAAAAUGACGUCAAAAUGUUCAAAAUUUGCAGUGAAAACACUUGGCUGCGGCUCGUGGUUCCACUUGAGUUUGCACAUUUUGACAUGAUUUCCAUGUUCGAAAAGAGUACAGACCAUGGGAAAAUGUUAAAUGUCCUACUAUUAUUUUCAGUGUCCAAGCUGUGACUAAAAGCUUCUCCUCACAAACGUCAAGAAAUUUUCAAAAAAGGUUCCCACCUAUCCUGGCUUGUAACUCCAUAGCAGUGACGGUCAUAGACAACCUAAUUUCACCAGGCGAACUGGAGGAGGGUUCUGAAAGUGAAGAUGAAGCUACGAGUGGGAGAAAACGUAUAAGGUUACGACACCUGUGGGAUGAUGAUCCGUAGCAGUUUUUUUGUUACUGCACCAAGCAAGAAAAUUCUUUAGUCAUCUGGAAUGCUGACUGAAACAUAACUUUCUAAAUUUUAAUUUUAAUGUGAUCAGGAAGUAAAAUAAAUAUUAACACUGAUCUUUUGAACAAAUUAGUGAGGAAAAAAACAGAGAGAACUACAAUAUUGUAGGAUAUUUGGGUUGAGAACAAAACGUGGACCACCAUAUAAUGAACUUGGUCCAGGUUCUCCAUACUUUUGUCACCUCCAAAACAUAGGUUACUGUCAAUGAUACAAUAGUACUAGGCACUAACCCAGUCAUUCC